UUCAGAGAGGAGGGGUGCUCUGCGAGGAUCUCAUUCUCUUUGGGGCUAUAAAGACGUUGUGUGCCUUCAAGACAGAGCAAAUUAACUCCAUUGGCGAAUUAUUGCAUUACAAGACAUCUCUUCGCUCAUCGGUGCGCGACGGCGAUUAGUUUCUUUCUUUUCUUUUUUCUUUUUCUUUUUUUUUAUGGUGACAUUUGAUUAGAGCGAGCGAGUUUUCGGCGAAGAUGAUGGAGUACAUGGAGGAGAAGUUCGCCUUGAAAAGCCAAGCCAUGAAGGCCAGCGAUUACUACAUGGACCAAGUCAUGGAGAGCCUGGACAGCGCGCAGUACUUCACCAAGUCUUCCCCCAAAUGCGUGCAGGCCUUCGGGCUGCAGAGCGCCGAGCACCGCUCCUCGCCCUGCGGAGACCAGAACGCCAGUUACGGUGUGCCAAAAACGGACGACGACACUUUGCACUCGGACCUCGGCAGGUCCAUGGACAAUUGUUGCACUCUGCGGGCGUCUCCCGUGACAACCGGACAGGAGAAAACGGAUUUGGACGACAUGGGAGACAAGUGCGACAGCAACGUGUCCAGCAGCAAGAAGAGGAGACACCGGACGACCUUCACCAGCGCGCAGCUGGAAGAGCUGGAAAAAGUGUUUCAGAAAACUCACUAUCCAGAUGUUUAUGUGAGGGAACAGCUGGCCAUGAGGACGGAAUUAACAGAGGCGAGAGUGCAGGUGUGGUUUCAGAACAGAAGAGCAAAGUGGAGGAAAAGAGAGCGCUACGGACAGAUCCAACAAGCCAAAACUCACUUCGCGGCCACCUACGAUUUAUCCGUGUUACCGAGGACGGACAGCUACACUCAGAUCCCCAACAACCUGUGGCCGAGUCCGGCUCCUGGUGGCUCCGUGGUCUCUUCCUGCAUGCUGCCCAGAGGUUCUCCUCCCUGCGUCACGUCCUACUCACACUCCCCUCGCUCGGCUGCCGGUGCUGCUGACCACGGCUAUGUGGGCUUCCCUAAUCAGCAGAACCAGUUUGGCCACGUCUCCCUCAACAACUUCUUCAGCGCGGAUUCCCUCCUCACGCCGGCCGCUAACAGCCACCCGGCCUUCGAGACCAAGCCUGAGUUUGAGAGGCGCUCAUCCAGCAUCGCCGUGCUGCGCAUGAAGGCCAAGGAGCACACAGCCAACAUCUCCUGGGCCAUGUGAUCAGGGUUCCUGUGUAUGUCUGGAAAGACGGGAUAAUGAAUGAGAAAUCAUUUUUAGAGUUUCCAGUUUUUACAAAAUGUGUGAUUUCCCUGAAGAGUCUAACAUCAUACCCAGAAAAAGCUGUUUGUCACUCACAGUGAAGAUCUAACAACAUUUUUUUUGUCCUGCUCUUUAGAUCUACACCAAACUCUGACCAAAAUUUUAUCUGCUGAGCUGAACAAAUAGGUGUGUUAUAUAAUAAUGGACCAGGAUUUAUGGUUUUGUGCAUAUUUGAAUAGUAGCAAGUCAACAAACUGAAGCUGGGAGCAAAAAAAAUGGAAUAGCCAAGAUGUGAAAAUCAGCUGUGGUUGAAGUGGGAGGCCCUAAUAUAGUCAAGCAAUAUAUUCACAUCAUUCAGAGUUUCAGGGUAAUUUCUGUCAUUUCUUUAGUCUACUAAAUAUUGUCCUCUGUGGUCAGAAGAGACGUUUCAUGAACCCUCCUGAUCUGUGGUGGUGAGAGCUGUGAUGUGCAUGGCCUCUCUUUGCUGUUGGAUGUUGGGGAGUAAAGAAGUGAGACAGUGAAGCAGUAAAAACUAAAGGCUCCAGUGGGAUUCGAUCCCAGUGUGGACUCAUGUGGAUCCUGAGGGAGGGGUCCCAAACCACUUCAGUAUUCCAUAGCACUGUGAAUAAGCUUUCUGUACCUGCGUUUUUAAUCCUCCUCCCUCGUUCUGGCUCAGGACUGAAGAUGAGCAGGGCGGAGAAAAGUGACUUGACGUACUAACGUGUCUGUGUGCUUUGCAGCAAAGCUUUGUAAUCUCUUUUCAUUCUGCCUUUGUUCUGUGUCACAGCUACACAACGCAGGCAAAGGAGGCAGGUUAUGAAAGUGUGUUUGUGUUACAAAUUUAUCUGGUGGAAGUAUAAUAAAUGAAUGUCAAUUGA